GCUGUCUUUGGGGGACGCAAAGUCUCGAUGAACAGGAUUUUUUUUUUCUCUUGCGGCGGAGACCCUAGCCGGGAGCUGACGAGGGUGGUUUGGGAAGGCGGUAGCCGGAGUCUUGGCGGCCCCGGAGCCUCCUGUAAACCAGGUUUUAAAAGUAUACUCCCUGAGCCUCUUGGACUGAGUGAAGGAAGCAUUGGAGUCAGCAUGACCGUAAUAAUACUAUAAUAAAUGAAUCAAAAACUAGAACGGGAUACUAUAAUAGUUAGGCCCUCCAGUACAAUGUUGAAUAGAAGUGCUGAUAGUGGUCAUCUCUGUCUUGUUUUCAACCUCAGAGGAGCUGGAAAAUAUUUAACUCUCAACAAAUGAAUUCCACAAUUGAACUCUGCCUCAUUCCUCUGCCACCUCCUCCUUUAGAAAAUUGACCCUUAAUACAGAGAUAAGGAAUAGACAGUAAAAGAAGAUGCUGGGAUCUGAACGUGGUGUUGUGGAAGAAUGGCUAUCAGAAUUCAAGGCAUUACCUGACACUCAGAUCACCAAUUAUGCAGCAACUUUACACCGGAAAAAAACACUUGUUCCAGCCCUCUAUAAAGUUAUUCAAGAUUCAAAUAAUGAGCUCCUGGAGCCUGUCUGCCACCAACUGUUUGAGCUGUAUCGCAGCUCCGAAGUUCGACUUAAGAGGUUCACACUGCAGUUUUUGCCAGAAUUGAUGUGGGUUUAUUUACGGCUUACAGUUAGCCGAGACAGACAGAGUAAUGGUUGCAUUGAAGCACUUCUUUUAGGAAUUUACAAUUUGGAAAUUGCUGAUAAAGAUGGAAACAAUAAAGUUUUAUCUUUCACUAUCCCUUCCUUAUCCAAGCCUUCAAUAUACCAUGAACCCUCAACAAUUGGAUCCAUGGCUUUGACAGAAGGGGCAUUGUGUCAGCAUGAUCUCAUCAGAGUUGUUUAUAGCGAUCUGCAUCCUCAGAGAGAAACAUUCACUGCACAAAAUCGGUUUGAAGUCCUGAGUUUUCUCAUGUUGUGUUAUAAUUCUGCUAUUGUGUAUAUGCCUGCCUCAUCUUACCAAUCGCUUUGUCGGAUGGGUUCCAGGGUUUGUGUGAGUGGGUUUCCACGGCAACAUGAAAAACAUUGGAAAGAACUCUGUGGCCGAAUAGUAUUGGAUCCUGAAUUUAUGGUGCAACUCCUCACAGGCAUUUAUUAUGCCAUGUAUAAUGGACAGUGGGACCUUGGUCAGGAAGUUCUUGAUGACAUCAUUUAUAGAGCUCAGCUAGAACUGUUUUCUCAACCACUGUUGGUUGCCAAUGCCAUGAAAAACUCAUUACCGUUUGAUGCUCCUGAUUCUUCACAAGAAGGCCAGAAAGUACUUAAAGUAGAAGUCACUCCAACAGUGCCGAGGAUUUCUCGGACUGCAAUUACAACAGCUUCAAUCCGCCGACAUAGAUGGAGGAGAGAAGAUGGCUUUGACUUCUCAAACGAGGCUGACUCGAGUAUUCCUGGCUCCCCGAUCCAACACGGCUCCACUGACCUAGGGAUCAAACGUGUGCAAGAGGGGGAGGUGCUGGUGCGCAGGACCCCUCAGCAUGGCUCGCCGGAGCCCAACUCAGCAGCAGCCACAACAGAGGGUGCUGAAGGUAUAAAUGGAGGAGAGGACCCUAUAAACCUGAAUGAUGCAGAUGAAGGCUUUUCAUCAGGGGCUUCCCUCAGCAGCCAGCUAAUUGGAACGAAACCAUCCUCCUCAACUCAGAGAGGAAGCCUAAGGAAAGUAGCAACGGGGCGUUCCGCCAAGGAUAAAGAAGCAGCCUCUGCCAUCAAGUCCAGUGAGAGCCCUCGAGAGUCAGUAGUUCGCAAGCAGUAUGUACAGCAACCGACUGAUCUUAGUGUAGAUUCAAUUGAGUUGACACCAAUGAAAAAACACCUGAGCCUGCCUGCUGGCCAGGUGGUGCCAAAAACCAAUAGUUUAAGUUUAAUCCGGACAGCCAGUGCUUCCUCAAGUAAAUCAUUUGACUAUGUAAAUGGCAGUCAAGCAAGUACCAGCAUUGGGGUUGGCACUGAGGGAGUUACUAAUUUAGCAACUAACAAUGCUAAUCGAUAUUCAACUAUCAGUCUACAGGAAGACCGGCUGGGUCAGGCUGGCGAAGGUAAAGAGCUCCUUAGCCCGGGAGCCCCCUUAACCAAGCAGUCUCGAUCCCCAAGUUUCAAUAUGCAGCUAAUAUCCCAGGUGUAGUUUUGCUUAUCUUUUAAACUGAACAUUUCAUUGUUCAAGAAGACACUUCAUCCCCCUCUUUGUGAAAAUAUUGGGUCAUCACAGUCAGAUUUGGUUUAGGUAUCUUCAUACUGUAUUUUGUAUGGAAACAGCAAUAAGGCUUUCUUUUUCCCCUUGUCCCAAAUCUUCUAUUCCUUGUAAAUGUGGUUGUGAAGCAGUAUAAAAUGUUUGCCUUUUCCAUGCCUUCCUUUUUCCUUGGGUGAUGUGCAAUCCAUCGUAGGCUGAUCGGUCCCAUUUCAACACUGUGAGACUGAGGAUAUGUUAGAGGAAAUGGUGUAUAUGAUCCCUAUGAAAUGAUUCUUUGACUUUUGUUUAAAAAGAAAACGGGUUUGUUCUCAAUCUAUAGAACUAUGAAGAUUACUGGAUCAUAUUUUUUUCUCUCUUAACCAGGAGUGCCUCAGAGGUUCUGCUAUGACUUUGGACUUCUCUGAGUCUGUGCAAUCAUUUUCUUGAGAAGCAUGGGGAAAGAUGGUAGACUACUGCACUUUUUCAUUGAAAUGAGGGUGACACCCCCCCACACCAAAUCUCCUUUAUCCUGAGGACAUAAAUGUUCAAUUAUUGAGGCAUGUAAAUCAAGUUGUAACCACGUCCAUUGGAGGGAGAUGCUCUAAGUUGAUUGUGUAAUUGAUAAUGCACUUUCUCAAUGGCUCUGUAGUCAAUAUAAACAUGUCUUCCCUCUUCCCCACAAGGACACAGGUCAUUUCUGUCCUUAAAGUUUAAACAAGUAACAAAUCAGAGAAUCCAAGGAGCUUGUUCUAUUUUCCAGGAAUGAUUGACACUUGGUGCUGGGGUUUUGUGGGGGAGGGAUGAUUUUUAUUUAGCUUGUGUGUGAGGGGAGGGCUUGAUUGAGUUUUUUUCUUUCCUUUGUGAGCUGAUGAUGACUGAAGUAGAGUAGUACGUCUUCAGGUAAAGAGAGGGAUUUCUCAGUCCAUUUUCUGUGAUGUCAGACAGUUAGAGAAACCCUUUCAGCUGCUUUCUAGAUGUACCUAAAUUCAGUCAUUUUGGGUUAAGAAACCUAAAGUCCUAAUAGAUCAUAUACUCCAAGGAAAUACAUCAGGGACAGAUAAUUGGCUGAAAACACUGAUGCUUCAAUGUGACACAUUUUUAUAGAACAUUUCUACCAGGAGGUACUGAUUGAUUUCUCCUACAAGGACCACACUGCCUUUGUGUUUAAUGUAAAUGCAAUUUGUGUACCUUCUAAUCAUGUAUCUGCAAAGUUUCUCAUUUUUAUAAAACUUUGAAAUCAUGCCAGUAAGCUAGAUGUUGAAUGUAUGUAAGCAGCAUUUGGUAACUACUAAGAGGCUACAAAAAUACAUUAUUGGUAAAAAAAAUUUUUGUUCUGAUUUGGUUGGAUUUUAUUAUAACCUUCUGAGUCUCAGGCUCUAAUAUUUAAAAAAGAAGGGAAUAUAUUGUGUUUUUGAAAAUCAGUAUUGUGACUUAAACUACUGUAAGUUAAGUUAUCCUUCCACAAAAUACACUAGGGCUGUUAAUGCUCUGUACAUUUAGAUAUUUUUACUUUAUUAUUGUGAAAGAAAAAUACACUGAGUUUAUAGAAAGCAAGUAUUCUCCUAAUUAACAAAAUUUAAAAUUUUACCUCUAAAAAUUAAAAUUGUAGUGUAUUUUGAUAAGUAAAAUAGCCAGAAAAAAAUGCCUUUUUUUUUAAUGACUUCCCCUACUCUUUAUUGUAAGAGCAUUUUUAAAACUAAGACAUUUUCUGUUAGAGUCUUUAUAAGAACAAGGAGAUAUUUGUUUGAGUUUGGUGGUCUAUAACAUUUUUCAUCUAACAUGAAAAUGGAAAACCAGAACUAGUAUCUACAACAUUGCCAAAGUCCAAGGUAAAACUAAAAGUUGAUGAAUAGACAGUUUAUUGAGUUGUGUGUGUACAUGUAGCAUAAAGACAUAUUUUAGAUAUCCCUUAUUUUAAUUUAACUUAGGAUGUCAGAUAAAUGAAAAUUAAAAGAUAGCCAAAAUAAAGGAAAUUUGAAAGUUUAUAACAUACUAAGGAUUGAAAAGAAGUUUCAGGUAUGUAAUGAAAGGAGUAUUGUACUAGGGAAUUAGAUUUUUUUUUUUAAAGAUUUAUUUUAUUUAUUUGCAAGAGUUAACUGCGAGAAAGGAAGAGACAGAGAUUGAUCUUCUAUCCACUGGUUCACUCCCCAAAUGGCCACAACAGCCAGGGCUGGGCCAGACCGAAGCCAGAAGCCAGGAGCUUCUUCCGGUCUCCCACAUGGGUGCAGGGGCCCAAGCAAUGGGCCAUCUUCCGCUGCUUUCUCAGGCUCAUUAGCAGGGAGCUGGAUCAGAAGUGGAGCAGCCAGACUUGAACCAGCACCCAUAGGGAUGCCAGCAUCUCAUGCCACGGCUUUACCUGCUAUUCCACAGUGCCGGCUGGGAGUGAGAUCUUUUCACUGACUUGACUUGGCUCGAGUUCAAGUCAACUCUAUGACAGAAAUACCUACUUUGUGUAAGAGAUUAAAAGGCUUUCUAAUUCAACAAAUCCAGCAUGAUUUUAAUUGAAGAACAAAGGAAAUCACCAAUAAUACCAAAUUACAGGAUAAGCUAUAAUAAACACAGUAAAAUUUCCCUCUUGUUAGAAAUCUUAGGUUAUACCUGAAAGGUUGACUUUUGGAAUUUUUCAUUUUACAAGAUUUCACUUAUUUGUGUGUGUAGUAUGUGUAUACGAAAAUAUUUUAUAUGUGUACAUACCCAUUAAUGUUUCAUGACCCUAUAUAACUUUUGUUUUCUGUUCUUUCAGUUGAUAUGUUUGGACCCCAAUGAGUAAACAUUUCAUUUAAAGUUUGCGUUCAGAGUCUUUAAACAGUUUACAUUACAAGAUAUUUUUAAAGUGAAUGAACUUAACAAACUGUCAGUCAAAUUUUCAAAGUUUUUUGAAAUCUAUUUGCAUUAUUUACUGACAUUUAAUUUAAAAUAUUUAGCUUUAUUUCAGAUAUACAGCAGCUGUUAUAUGCCAGAAAUAUUCAUGCUUUAUUGUCUAACAAUGUUUUGUUUUAUACUUCCUAACUUCCAUUUAAAAAUGUCUUCCCAUUUAUGGGACAGAUAUUUAGGGAGAAAAUACUUGUUUUCUAUAAUAACUUAAUUUGAUUGAUGUCAUCAAUGCCAGAGUGGAUUAAGUGAUAGAAAGAAAUAGCUGAAGGUUUUGGCAACUCUUCUGUAUAACAUUAAUUAAAUCUCAUGUUACUAAAAACCAGAAUGUAAAGUGAAAAGUUAACUUAGAAGUUUUUAAAAUAUGAAACUAUUUUAAGAAGCUGGAGUGGGAGUGGGGAGUAAUGACUAUAAUUUUAAAUCCUGAUCGCUACCAUCAUUCUUAAAUUUUCAGUUUGUUUUGCUGUGUCUGUUUAUUGUCCAAUCAGAAUUUUUCUGCUAGAAAGCUUCCCCACCGCCACUACCACUACCAGACAGGUAUACACAAAUAUUCAUUCUCAGGAUACAGACUCAAAGAGGUUGUGAUGAGAUUAAGGUUACAUAACUAAGAAACAGAGCCAGAAUCAAACUUCGGUCUCCCCUCAAAUGCUUAUGAAAACCCCUGCCUCUCUAUAUAAAUACUAUGAUAAAUAUGGUACGUAACAGUCUCCAUUUCUGCAGUUUCCUUAUGUGUUUGGUGAAUAUGGCACAUUAAGUAUUAAAUCCAGAAACCAUGUAGUCAUAAAUAUAGAUGAGGAAGUAUUGGGAAUGUAGGUAUCUAAACAGAUGUAAGGAUGAAUAGAUAACAUUGUUCUUUAAUUUAUGCCUUACUAUUUUCUGCCAUAUAACAAUUUUAUGCUGCCAUUUUAUAGUUGAUUUUAUUUGUGGGGAUUUAUUUAAAUGCAAAAUAACCCAAUGAAAUGGCUUGGAUCAGUGUUUCUAGCUAUUUUAAAAUAACUUUUGAAUCAGCCAGCUUUUAGUCACCAAGGUGGCAAAUUAAUUGUAUUGCACAAUGGAGUAUUGCAAAGUAAAGAUUAAAUAAGUCAGUUUCCAUUAAUUUUUAACAUAGAAACAGAUUGAACCUUUACUUGUGCUUAGAGCAUACAGAAGCAAUAUUUCCAUAUGUGAUUGAAAAAGGCUUAUCGUUUGAAGCUUUGGGUUCCAUAAUGGAACGGUAACCGUGAUGUCAUUUAAAAGUGUAUAUACCGUAAAAAAUGUCUUAAAUGCGGUAGUCUCAGCUAUAUAAGCUCGAUAUUUCCAACCUGUAUUCUCAAAUUCCACUUACUAGCUUUAAAUUAAUUAUAAUUAUUUAUUAGACACUGGAAUACUGAGAAUAACUUCUUUCAUAAUGUUUUGUUUGCACUACUUUGUGAAUAUUUUAAUGAAGUGAGGUAUUUUUUCCUAUCUCACUUUGUGAGGUUUGUAUGGGUCUGUUUUUGAGUACUUUAGUUGUUGACAAUCAGUUGUCUCAUUUAAUUCUCUGCAUGUCCGUUUGUAAAUAAAAACUAGUAUCUGUCUUUAUGGGUAGUAUACAAUAUAAAUACUGGCAAGGAGAACCUCUCCAUUUCUGAUCUUGGAUUACAAAGUAAAUUUUAAUUUUUUUAAAAAAAUAAGCCUUCAGUUCUGUUUUGCUUUUAAUUUAAAAAGGUUUCAUAGGUCAUGUCAGUGAUCAGAAAUUAGGGCAACUUUUCUAUACUACAGCUAUGUUAAACAGUCUAAACACGAGACUUUUUUAUCUUUCAAGGUGAAUGAUUAUUGCCCUUGUUUCAACACUAAGUUGGUUGAGACACUUAUUUGUAAUACUUUAAUUUUUUAAAAGUGCUUUUUAGAAAAAAGUUGUUUGAAAAUUAACUAGAAAUUGAUAGUGUAAACUCUUAAGAAUUAGAAUAUUUGCCAGAUUAUAAGAAGAUGGAAUGCAGUAUAAAAUUAUAAACAGUGCUAAUAAAAUCAUGAUGAGUCAACAGAUUGGUACAAUUCUCCAUGUCAAGGUAGUCAUAUUUAUAAUGUAAGACAUAAAUUUAGUAUUACCUCUGUUGUGUGUGUCUGUUGGGUAUAUUAUAUUGGCACUGAGAACAUACACAGGAAAUGCUAUUCAUGGAGUAUCAUCUCUGCCCAUGUAGGCACAUUCUUCCUAAACUUGACCACAUAACCACAGACUUUUUGUAAUGUCAGUCUCUUCAGUAUUUUUUAAUCUUAGCUGUUAGUCUUAUGAGUCCCAUGAGAAAUAUACACAAGAGCAAACAAUUCAGGAUAGAAGUUAGCAGAAAGCUGAGAAUGAUGUGAGAAAACUGGCAGCAUAGUACAGAAAUCUAGGUUCUAUGUUUUAUUUCUCAAUUUUGAGAAAACAUGUUCAUAAUGUUUACAAAUUAAGGCAUAUUCAUAUGUCUGCUAGUAUGUUUAAUAUAGACUACCAAAAAUUAUAUUAAGUAUAGCUUAACGUAUAAAUCCUUUUUUUAAAGUGUGUAUUUGGAGUUAGAUCUAAUAAGGAAAUCUUAUUUUCAAAGAGAAGUGGAACUAAUUGGACAACCUGUACUUCCUGUAGUUGGGUGUACACAACUCAGUGUUAAUUAUAUCAGAGGAAGUUCUUUAGAGUUCCUAAUGGUUAAGGAUUGAAGCUCCUUUAUAAAGGAUUGCUUUCUAGCCCUGCAGAAAAUAAAUAUUAAAAACUUUUUUGACCUAAAAAAUAAGUAUACAUACAAUAGCUACAAAAUUCCAUCUGAUGUUUUGUUUGUCACUAAACUGUCAAUAUUUAAUGCUUCCAGCAAAAGUACCAGUUAAAAGUCAAGUCCAAAUAUUAAUCCUUAUAGUAUAUUUUCAUGUCUCCUUUAAUUAAGGCCUCUACUCAUCAGUAUUGAAUGGGGAAAUUUGCUAAAAUUGUUGUGAAUUUUUCAAAUAAAAUUGAGUAGGAAAUUAUAGAAAUGCAUUUCUUUCAAAGGCAAUGGCAGUUACUUCUAAGUUUUAUAUUGGUUAAACUGGUAUAGUUUGUUUACAUAAUUUAUGUACAUGGUCAUUCUGAGUACCUUUUUCUUUUCAGAAAAACAUUUGGAUAAGAAAAGCUAAAAUAGUCAUUUUAAAACUAUAUAGACCAUAAGGACUAAUGAGUUUAUUUAAGCUAUUAAAUAAUGAUUUGGUGGUGGGGGAAAUAAUGAAAUAUAAUUGUUAACUAGUGUUCCAAAUAUGUUCUUUGCAUUGCCUUUAAUAUCAAGUGACAGUUAAAAAAAUAAUGAUUUUAUUGAUGUGCUAUUUUGGAAAGAGAAGCUUGGCUUUUUAACAAUCACUGAUAAUGGUUUGGUUGGUUUUUUUUUGUUUGUUUUAUUUUUUUUAUCCAAACUGAAUUGAAAUAUGCUCCAUACUCCAUGUGAUACUUUUAAAAUAUUUGUAAUAAGUUCUAAUCUACUUUGCAUUGAAUGUUCUGAUCCUUAUUCUAAAAAUUAUGCUGGUAUUACAUUCAACUUAAUGGUUAAAUGAAAUGGUUUUAUGGCACAAAGAUUAUUUUUCCACUAUUUUUGUCAUAAUUUGGCUCAAAUUUCUGAAGAAGUCCUAAUACUUUGUCACUAAGGAAAGGUAAACAAAAAUCAUCUCACUUUGUAUGUUUGAUCCAUAGAAGGAUGUGUAAUGUAUAGAUCAGCUCUUUUUUUUUUAACCAGUACAAGCUUUAUCUUGGUUUCCAAGUAAUCAGAGUGGUGCUGGUGAAAAUUUAAAUGUAUAGGCAUUUAGAAAUUAUAUCUAUUGGGCAAUGUCCUUUCAAACUAGGACCAGUGAAAGCCUUCAUUUUUUUUCAGAGCUGAAGGGGUAAAAACCACACAUUUAAGAUCAUAUUUAUUGGUGCAUGUAAGCCAUUAUCCUGUCUUACUGAACUGAUUAAUGCUGUUGAUUGUUGAAAUGUGAACUGUAGCUACUGUUGACCUUGUAAAUAUCUGCAAGAGAUGAAAAAAUAUUUUAAGUUAUUGUAAAUAAAGAUGUAUAAAAUUCAGUAUCAGUCUGCAAUGCAGAAACAUCUAAGAUGUUAUAUAUUGUGUUUCUUGAGAGAUGUGUAAUAUUCCUUAGAUGUAUCUAGUUACAUUAAGAUUGUAAAUUUCUUUUUGUACAAUAUAAAAAUACACCUUUAUUUGGCUUUUAA